AUGAACCUUUCUCAUGAUCUUGAUACUAUUUCUCUCGCUUUGAGUGAGGGAACAUUAACGGCAUGGUCGACCGAGAGAGGAAACUCUACUCUCGAAGCUGAUUUAUUCAAGGCAGCAUGGAUCGUGUUGAUUUCGCGAAUCUCAGGUGUGCGAAAUACCAAAAUUGCAAUGCUUCAAAAACCAGCAGUCUCUCCCAGCAAUCGAUCUCGCAAAUUAUCAAGAUUUGUUCCGCAUGUAGAGGCCUGGACCUUAUCAGAAGACCCUGAUAGCAUCCUACUAUAUGCAGCUGAGAAACAACCGACGGAGGGUCUCGCCGAACUUGACGCCAUGACGGCUUUGGUCAUGAGAUGGGAUGAUGAUUCUAUUGACGGGUCAAUGACUUUACCACAUGGUUUCCGAAUCCUUUUCUUAUUGGACUGCAGUAUCUCACCCGCUCGAGUGUACAUGCAAUACUCCAGAGCUACUCUCACACAAAAUUCAGCCUGCGCACAGUUGGCUGCUUUGGUCUGUAUCCUGGAACAGAGAGUUCUAAGCCCAUACUUGCCUCUGAUAGAGGUAGAUUUCCUGGGCUCUUAUAGCAGGAACUUGAUUGAUAGUUGGAAUGACCGUUACUCACUUUCAAGACCGAACGUUUGUAUCCACACACUGAUCUUGGAAAACUGCCGCGCGCAGCCUGAUGCUGAAGCGCUAUAUGCCUGGGAUGGAUCCAUUACUUAUAGCGAGCUCGAUCGUUUUUCAACGGCAAUCAGUAUCCAACUACGCUUUCUUGGGGUCGGUCCAGAGUCAGUUGUGCCGCUCUGCUUCGAAAAGUCGCGGUGGACGGCGGUUGCCAUGCUAGGAGUGCUGAGAGCAGGAGGUGCUUUUGUUCUGUUGGACCCUUCCCAUCCUGAGACUCGUCUGAUGGAAAUCUGCUCUGAAGUUCAGGCGACAGUUGUCGUCGUCUCCCGUUUACUGCAUAAAUUGGGCAGUCGACUUUGUCAACAGGCAGUUGUGGUCCCUGGAGAUAAAUCUCAGGAGGGUGAUGAUAAAGUCCUGAGAACAUGCGUCAAGCCAUCAAAUGCUGCUUAUAUUGCCUUCACAUCUGGGUCCACAGGAAAGCCCAAGGGAAUUGUGAUUGAGCAUAAGUCCUUUUGCGCAAAUGCACUUGCACAAAAUGCAAUCCAAGGCCUAAACACACAUACUCGUGCUUUCCAAUUCGCUUCCUAUGGGUUUGACAGCUGUAUUCUUGAGAUGCUCAUGACUUUGAUUGCCGGAGGAUGUGUCUGUAUUCCUUCCGAUGAGCAGCGGCUAAAUGGUUUGGCAAACGCGAUCUGCGCUUUGCGGGCAAACUGGCUAGAGCUGACCCCAUCUGUUGCACGAUUCAUCAAGCCCGAGCAGGUACCGGACGUCAAAUCAGUCCUACUGGUCGGUGAAGCGAUGUCACAGGAUCAUGUCAGGCAAUGGGCAGACCGCGUGCAACUCUUAAAUGCAUACGGUCCUGCCGAAUGCAGCGUGGUGACCACUAUUCAGCACCAUGCGAGGUUGGAUGAUCCACAUAAUAUCGGGCGCUCAUACAGCAGUCACUGUUGGGUUGUGAAUCCUUGCGACCAUGAACAGCUUGAGCCACUGGGCGCCAUAGGUGAAUUACUCAUUAGUGGACCGACCGUGGCUCGAGGCUACCUCAAUCACCCUCGCCAGACGUCAUUUAUUAGAAAGCCCCGUUGGGCAGCGCAGUUUGGAGUUCCCGAUUGUGAGAGAUUUUAUAAGACGGGGGACCUUGUUCGAUAUAAUAUCGAAGAUGGUACACUGCGAUACGUCGGACGGAAAGAUCGAGAGGUUAAACUUCACGGUCAGCGUAUUGACUUGCAAGAGAUUGAAUAUGUUGCCUCCAAGUUUCCAGAGAAACCGAUUACAGUCGUCGAUGUGAUACAAGUGGAUGGUAGCAGCGCAGGCAAGCUUCUUACAUUGUUCCUUGCAUCCUCGGAUGCCAAUGCCAUGCCUGGCUCCUCGAGCAGUCACGUUGUUAAUCCAGAUAGUGCCAUGCGCACCAUAUCCACGAACAUGAAAUGCUGGCUUCAAGAUCGCCUGCCUGCCUUUAUGGUCCCAACUAAAUACACUUGGGUCAAUCAUUACCCUUUGACCAGAACAGGAAAGCUCGAUCGACGGGCGUUGGUUGAUCUUGGAGCAGGCUCAAGUCCUUCAUUUUCAUCCGCUGCCAGACACGAUUCCUCAAAGGAGACCAAUCAAAGGGUUGAUACUCUCAAUCCAGGUCUUCAAGCAAAAGAGGAUACUUUGAGGUCAUUAUUUGCCGAAAUUUUGGGCUGCCCUGAACAAAGUAUUGCCAGACAUGACGGCUUCUAUGAGCUAGGAGGAAAUUCGUUAGCCGCCGUAGAACUUGUCUCUCGCGCAAGAAGCCAAGGUUUAGAGGUUACCGUUGCAGACGUCAUGUACUCUCAGACAGCUCAUUUGAUUGCUCAAUGCUCCAUGGAGACCGCAGAAACCCCGGUCAUCCCUCCCUUCUCGCUGUUGGUUGACGCUGAUCAGAGUGUAAGCGCGGCCACUGAACAAUGUCAGAUACCAGAGAGUCAGAUCGAUGAUAUAUAUCCAUGUACACCUCUGCAGGAAGGUCUCAUGUACUUGUCUAUAAAGAGCCCCGGCUCCUUUAUGGGUACCUUUCAGUUCUCAGCGGCUCCUUCAACGAACCUGGUCCAGAUUCAUGCCGCAUGGGAACAGCUUUGGCGGGCACAUCCAAUCUUACGAACUCGUAUUGUGUUGGAGAAGUCUGGAAACAUGAUGCAGGUCGUCACGAAAGCGGAUUUGUUUUUCAAGGACAAAUCAUUCGCCGACGAUGACCAGCCCAUGGGCUUGGGGACCCCCCUGGCACGCUUGAGGAUCCAUGCUGAGCGAGGUUCAGGCAGACGUGUCCUAUUCAUUCUUACAAUUCACCAUGUUCUGUUUGAUGGAUGGAGCUAUAAACAGCUACUUCAGGACUUAGAUCGCUUUUAUGAAGGACUUACACCUCCGCCGCGGCCUCAGUUCGCUCGGUAUAUCAAAUACCUUUCAACAACUGACAUCGAAAAGAGCCGCGCUUUCUGGAAGCAAGAGUUCAGUAAUCUUCAAGAACACUUUUUUCCACUCUCAUCCCGGCGACCACCAACCGCACCAAAUUGGCUUGUGAGAAAGCAUGAAGUCUCCUUAGCCAAGUUGAACAUCAACUGGAAACUUGCUAACCAGAUCAAAUUGGCGUGGGCACUGGUCAUCUCUUCUCAAACAAAAUCUAACGAUGUCAUAUAUGGGUUGACUGUUUCUGGCAGGAACGCUCCUAUCCCAGAAAUCGAUCACAUCACUGGCCCAACAUUUACCACCUUACCUUUCAGGACACAGCUGAGCUCCUCGAAAUCAGUCGAAGAAAUGUUAUCUCAGCUCCAAGAGCACGACAUCUCCAUCAUUCCAUUUGAGCAUAAUGGUCUCAGGUUCAUCGCGGAAUCAAGUCCAGAAGCGGCCCUUGCUUGCAGUUUUCAGUACCUCCUUACAAUUCGGCUCCACCCUACUCAAAGUUCCUCAUCAGUUCUGAUUGACUUGCCUGAAAAUGAGGAUCAAGACAUGAAAUUUGCAUCCUACCCCCUUUCAAUUGUGGCCCAACAACGACGCAACUUCUUGGAAAUCAAAGCUUUCUUUGAUGGCAAGAUUCUGAGUCCCUACCACGUCCAAACAAUUUUAGAUCAUUUCGAAACGUCAUUGCAACAUGUGCUUCAGAAGCCCAAAAGUAAAAUCAGAGACCUGCGGCUUCUUCCACCUCGAUCAUGGCAGCAAAUGGCAGAAAUCAACAAACAGAUUCAUAUACAGCAAGAGUGCCUCAAUGAUGUGAUCCAGAGAUUUAGUAUCACACAACCGAGUUCAGAAGCCGUCUGCGCAUGGGAUGGGUCUCUCACGUAUGAAGAACUACUCGUCUUGGGGCGAGGUCUUGCAGGUCAUCUCCAGUCUAUGGGUGCCAGACCCGGCGCAGUCAUCGGGAUAUGUAUGGAACGCUCCAAAUUGUUUCCUGUUGCCAUUCUUGGUGUUUUGAUGUCAGGGGCUGCUAUGGUCCUAUUGGAACCACAGUCCCCCAUGAAGCGGUUGCAUCAAAUUUUGGGGGAUGCCAAUGCAAGAAUGAUUCUAUGCUCUCUGGUUUCCCAGGGCAAGUUCCAAAGUAUGACAGAGAAUAUGAUGAAAGUCAUUCCUGUGAUACCUGACAUGGUAAGUUGUUUGGCUUACGAUUCCUGGUCUCCACCAUCGGUCAAUCCCAGUGAUCCAAUGUACAUCGCUUUCACAUCUGGAUCAACGGGCACCCCAAAGGGAGUCGUAAUAGAGCAUGGGAUGGUUUACUCGACUCUUUGGGCUCACAAGGAUAUCAUUGGCGCCACGAAUUCGUCUCGGUGCUUACUCUUUGCCUCGCCCGCGUUCGACAUUUGCAUUGCCGAAGUGAUAUUCAUGCUUGGUACAGGGGGGUGCGUCUGUGUUCCCUCAGAAACCCAGCGCAUGAGUGAUCUUGCAGACACGAUGACAAUGAUGCGGGUUAACAUGGCCAUGUUAACCCCUUCAGUGGUGCGGACCAUAUCACCAGACAAGGUACCAACUCUUCAGACAUUGAUCCUCGGUGGUGAGUCACCCUCGGUCUCGGACCUAGCAACGUGGGCCUCGCGGGUUCGACUGCAUCAAUCAUAUGGACCGGCAGAGUGUACCAUGUACUCGGCAACAACAGCUCGAUUGAGUUCCACUUCGGAUCUGACCAACGUUGGAUCAUCCCCGAACGCUUCCUACUGGAUUAUCGACCCAGAUAACCAUGAUGAACUUCGACCCAUAGGCACAGUUGGAGAAUUGCUGAUCAGUGGUCCUCUUGUUGGGAGAGGCUAUAUCAAUCGACCCGAAGAGUCGGAAUGUGCCUUUAUAUUCGACCCUGCCUGGAGCCAACAAUUUCCUUUCUUGCGAGGUUCUCGAUUGUACAAAACCGGAGACCUUGCCAUAUUAAACCCUGAUAAGUCUUUGAUUUUAAUCGGUAGAAAAGAUACUCAGGUCAAGCUUCAUGGACAGCGGAUCGAACUCCACGAGAUUGAGCAUUGUGCUGAGAGCUACCAACAGGGCAGUGCGGUCAUUGCAGAGUUGGUAGAAUUCCACAGCAUCCAUACAUCCAGCCUGGUAAUGUUCGCCUAUAAUACAACAACGGCAGAGACGACGGUAGCGAUCACACCUGAUCUCGAUGGCAAACAAAGAUUCUUCAUCCCACCGUCAACAGAGAAUCAAUGCUUCCUGGACGGCUUGAGGAAACAUCUCAGCCAGCACCUUCCGUCGUAUAUGAUUCCAUCUUAUAUACUGGAGCUAUCGUGUGUACCACUCGGUCCAAGUGGCAAAGUGGAUCGCAAGACACUGAGGAAAGCUGCGUCGAUGCUCGGAAAGGAAACAUUGCAAAUGUAUCUGGGCGGCUUGGCCACAACGAAGACUGAACCAAAAGAUGAUCAACAGCGGUUCAUUCAGUCGAUUUUUGCUAAAGCUUUAGCGCUGAAACGCGAACUUAUUGGGGUAGACGACAGCUUCUUCGCCCUAGGAGGCGAUUCAAUCAGUGCCAUACGAGUUCUCACGUUGUGUCGGAAGAGCAAUAUAACCAUCUCCAUGUCGGAUAUUCUUUCACACGACACCGUGUCCUCGCUCUGUGCCCAUCUCAAUACUGUCCAAAAGCACUCUCCGGAGUGCGCCUACGAUACAGACGUUAGUACACACAAUCAAGGUAAGAGUGAAGUUACGUUUAUGCCUCUUGGGAAUGCCGCUCAAGAGUAUGAAAUUAUCCGGUCACGUUUGAACUUGCUGGAAUCAGAUUCCAUCGAGGGCGUAUAUCCGGCCUCCAAUGCUCAUAGCGGCGUGUUGGAGUUUUAUAACCUCGAGAAUACAAGUACGGCUAUCUUUCAAAUUCUUCCUGUGGGCUCAGUGAGUGCAAACGAAGUGAGUCACGCUUGGAAUCAACUUGUCCAGCGCCACGUUGCCUUGCGUACGGUUCUCUUGAAAGACCCAAAUGUUCACGCAAAGUGGCUGCACGUUACUCUCAACCAGGGAACAGCGCAGGUCCUUGUCCUUCCGCCUAGCGAGAAUGCACUGUCCGAGUUGAGGAAACUUGAGCCUGUUAAAUCUUGGCACUUGUCACCUCCACAUCGGCUUUUCAUCGGUCAAAGCCUCUCUGGAGAGGUAUUCAUGAGGUUAGAAACGGGAGGCGCUCUUAUCGAUGCUUUUUCCAUGUCAAUUCUAAUAAAGGAGCUUUCUGUCUUGCUCGAUGGUCAGACGCUACCCAAGAUCGCUGUCACCUACAGAGAAUACCUUUCUCAUCUCGACCAUCAACUUCACACGAAGUCUCUAAAGUACUGGGCACUGGUACUUCAUGGUGAUUACUCGUCUCACCUGUCUCGACUUCCCUCCACACAGGCCCUGGAAAACAUACUUCCUCAAUCCAAGCAUCGCACCCAGAGUCGAAGCCUCUCGCUAGCAAAAUUCAAAGAGUUCGACGCUUUCUGGCGUUUCAACCGUCUCACAGUCACGAAUAUCUUCCAACUGGCAUGGGCAUUGACUCUGGCCAAUCUCACAAAUUCCCAUGAUGUCUGCUUCGGCACAAUCACCUCAGGACGCGAGAAUUCCCAAAUCGAACUCUGGGACAUAGUUGGCUCAUUUUUCAACAUACUACCGUGUCGAUUCUCUUUCGAUCCCGACUGUACAAUUCUCGACACCUUGUACCAGAAUCAAGACGCAAUUCAAAGUCGAAAUGAUCACCAGAAUUGUUCCAUGCCAGAGAUGGUUCACAACUCAGACACAAAAGCUUCAAAAAGUGACCAGCUACCUUUCAAUACCAUCUUGACGGUGCAGAAUCAAGUCUCUACACAUUCGCACGGAGAAAGACACACGGCCAGCGAGAUCGAGAUCAAGCUCCUUGAAUUAGAAGAUCCAACGGAGUAUGACUUUUGCAUUGCCGUCUCUCCCUCUCCCUCCCAAAUUGGAAUUGAACUCCGCUACUGGACAUCAACAGCAUCGGAGGAGUAUGCCUCAAGUAUCUUGAAUCUUCUCAUUGAUCAUGUCGAUCUUAUUGUGCAGAGUGCGACAGAGCCACUGAGAAAGGUGAUCAGCAUUGAAUCAUAG